AAAUCGAAUUAAGAAGGGUGUUAAAGAGAACAUUGGAAACCGAAGAUAGAGAGUCAUAGAAAUCAGUGCCCUCUGACACAAUUUCCAUGCAUACAAUACAGUACAUAACUGAACCACAGAUAUAGCGCCAGCCAGGUCAGAUUAGGUGGCGCAUUCUUUUUGCAUGACAAGCAACCCCAAUUACUCAUCAGGAGUUACAAAAGAAAAUAAGAGAACCCACAUUCCAUUCUCAAUGCAUGAAUGUUCCUUUUAAGGACUAAACAAAAACAAGAAUUCCUUCACAAUCACAUAUAGCAUCACCUCUCUAGAGAGAUGGGUUACAACAAAGGGUUGAACAAUGGAGGGAGUACUCAUAGAGGAAAACCAUAUGUGUUGAUAUUACUUAUGACAUUUGGGGCUGCAUUGCUUGCUGUGAUGGUGCUUCACAGGUUUAGAGAGAGACGCAUCUACAAUCUUCUUCUCAAUCAGAAAGAUCAUCAGCUUCUUGCUCUUCAGCUUCUCUUGCAGAAGGAAAGAGAACAUGCCAAAGAGUUGAGUAGGAAGAACGAAGAGAUAAAAGUGAAAAUAUACGCCUUGAGUAGUCAAAAGAUGGAGCUUGCUAGAACAAUUCUGGAAAUGAAAUCGACCGUGGAUAUACUCAAAGAUGAGCAGAAAUUGAUAGAAUCCGCGUUUGAGGAGAAGCAGAAUGAGCUCAGAAUGAUGCAGGAAAAUGGGAGAAAUUUGGUGAAAGGAGGAUCUGAAAGAAUAGCUUUAAGAGACAAACUUAAGCAGAAGGAAGCAGAGACAGAGGACUUAAAGCACCGUCUUGAAACCUCAGUUAACCGAGUAAGCAUCGAUGAUCAUCCAACCAUAUUAGAUCAAAUUGUGGUAGCAAAUCGAGCAAUGGAAAUACAGAAUAGAACUCAGAAUGAUAAUCCAGAAAAAGAUGAAAAGUCGCGCGACUCUUCGAAAGAUGGAGAGGUUACAGCUGAAAUAAAAGACAAAAUUAGGACUAAUGAGGAGCUAGGAAAGAAAAAUGAAGACCCUCAUCAAGAUGAUGGUAGUGCAGGUGCAAAUGCAAAAGAUAUUGAAGCUGGAGUGGUGGAGGAUAGAGGGAAGAAAGCAAUCAGAGAAGAGAGUCAAGGACAAUUACAGAGUAUUGUAGAUGGUGGAAGACAUGAUUUCAAUGCGAAACAAUUAUCGGGUAUGAAGAGGAAACAUGGCCAUUUAAGUAGAACAAAGGGGAGGCGAUGGAGAACUGUUGUCAAGAAUAAGUUGAUGGAGAACAAUGGGAUUUUUGAAAGUCAUGAAGAGGUAAACAUGGGAGAUAGAAAGGUUUAUAGAGAGGAAAAGGAUGGAACAGUUGGAAGAAACUCUGAUGAGAAAAAAAUCACAAGAGAGGAUGAGGGAACAGACGGUAAUAAUCAAAGAGAAGCUGAAUCAGUGGCCGAAUUGUUGAAGAUUGAAAACUAUGAUAAUGAAGAAGAUGGCAUUAGCAAUAAUACAACAGUGGAUAAGACUAAUAACCAGGUGAUAGAAGAGCGUGAAGACAGUUCUGUCCAGCAAAACUGGAGUGGAAGACGUAUUAAUAAUUCUGGAGAAACAAAAUCCAAAAUCUUCAAUGAAGAGCAUGAAGAAUUGGAGGUUUCUGGUGUACAAAAGCAAGACAAAGAUGCUAUUGAUGGUGAUGACGACGACAAAGAGGAUAAUAAGGAUGAUUUCUUGAACGAAUCCCACCGUGAAUUUGAGGAUGAAAACGAGAAAGAAGAAUACAAGGAGGAAAUAGACGAGUCAGAGUUUCAGUUUGGUUUGUGAUUAAACCAUGUUUAGUAUGUCCAUCUACAAUAGUACUCCUAUGGUGUGUGUUUGGUGGUUUUGAAAAUAUUUUAAAUUACUGACUAAAUAGUGUAUUAGUGUGAUCGUAGGAAUUUUCUGUGUUUUAGUAGUAUCAGACAUUUCGUUCAUAUUUUAAUUGAUCUAUUUAUCGACUAAAGCUUUGCAGCAUUGUGUAACUUAUGGUAAGCUCUUACAAGUUAUGUCAAAAUGUCACUCACACCUCUAGUUUUGUCUUUUCCUAUCAGAAGAAGAAUUAGAAAAGACUUGUUUGUUGUCAUUUCCAUAUAUUCUCUCAAAGAAAAAGAAUAGAGUGUAUGAAUGUUCCUUCUUCUCUUCGCUCAUAAUAUAAUUUGUGAAUUUAUUUUAA